AUGGAAGUGGAUGUUGUUCACAUUGUUCGCAUAGACUGGCUCAAGGAGCAUCAGGCAAGCGAUGCACGGGCAGCAACAUUGUCUUUGUCACUAAGAAAACGAAAGGCAGCAGAUGGUAGAGCCCAGGAAGCUGAACAGAGACCAGCGACAAAUGAUAAUACUGAAGCAGACAGUGACCAAGAGGAAAAUGCAGAGGAUGCCAAUAGUGCAAUGCAAGUGGAUCUUAACUCAUUGGAUAUCGACCUGAACAGCGAGCCUGAUGAUAAUACGCAACCAACAGCAGCAAACAACAACCAUACAGAUGGCAAUGACAGUGAGGAUCAGCAGGACGACUCAUUUGUGCCAGCUACAGCUUCUUCUUCGAAGAAUGGCGACACUGCAGAUAGUUUUGAAGCAAUGACAAAUGUGACAAGCUUACCCGGAAGCGUUCGAGACCCUUCUGAACAUGGCGAUGACCGGGAAAGUAUUGAGCGCAUAACAAGGACCACUGAAUCAGGCCAGGCUUCCAAUGAUGCGCAUGUAGACCUUGGCACCCAAGUAGCCUUGUCGUCAGGUCGUGCUCUUCGGAACACAUGGAAAAGUGGAGGAAGGUUUCUGACAGAGGUCAACAGUAUCUGUAACCGAGACUUUGAUGGCAGAUUCAAGUUUUUCAGCGAGGUGGCCGACUUUGCGGCAGUGUUGAGGAACAGCGUCGGCAAUGUCGAGAUUGAACCCUUGCAAGAUCUUGUCAAUGUCAAGCGCGUCGAGAGGUUGACAACCUCAAGCAGUGUCAUAAAUAAGGCAAAAGUUUGUGCAAACCGCAUAAGCAGAUUGGCAGUGAAUGGCAGCAUGGUCGAGUUUAUGCACAUGAUCGAACGCAUCAACAUUGCCUACUACCGCUACGACUACCAUGUCAAUAAAAAAGGCAAGCUCAAAGACUUUGAUGAAGGUGUGUUCCAGCACCUGUCGACAAAGACUGCGCAACAGCUUGUCUCAAAAAUAUGCCAAGGCUGUCGACGGUACAUCCAGCUGGUCUGCGAGUUUGGAGUGGGACUAGUCCUGCUACCAGCUACUUUUAACCCGACAAAGCUAGAAUCUAUGUCUGAGGAUGCGUUCGUACAAGUACUUUCUACAGUCGACAAAGAUUUAUUCAAGGCGCGACUAGAGUGGGUUGUCAAGGAUCUGAUUAUACCAAAGUAA